AUGCUCAUCUCCUCUUUAUCCGAGGAGACUUUUCGCUUCGCCGUCGGCAAGGGCACUUUGUGGCAGGUAAUCGAACAAACCAUAGGUUUGUCUACUCGCUCUCGUGCACUCCGGCUUCUCGGCAAACUUCAAGGGCUCCAUCAAGGUGAUUCCUCCAUAUCUGAUUACCUUGGUCAUGCCCAGAUGUUGAUUGAUGAAUUGGCUCUCGUCGGUCUUCAUGUUGAGUUGGAUGAUCAGAACUUAUACGUGUUUUGGGGUUUAUGCCCAGAGUUCCGACCAUUGGUGGCAACCCUAGCCCGCGGUGCUCCCGUUCCCCUCCCGGAGGUUGUGGAUUUUCUUGUUUCGCAGGAAUGGAUUUGUUUGGAUGACGACGCGGCUCUCGGCGCACCAGAAGCCUUGGCCGUGAGCCGCGGAAGACGCGGUGGCAGUCCGCAGAAACGAGGAGGUGGCGGCCACUGCAGAGGACGAGGUGGCCGUGGCCGGGGGCGGUCCAACUCGGGCCCUCGGUGUCAACUUUGCAACAAGCAAGGGCAUAUAGCUACGACAUGUUGGCAUCGUUUCACUCCUGAUCCGGAUCCUCAGGCGAAUGUCACCAUUUAUGGUGUUGAAGGUUCUAUGGAUGACUCUCAUAAGUGGUUUCCCGACACUGGGGCCACAAAUCAUGCCACUCCUGAUCCCACCUUAUUGACGUCCUCUACUACGUAUGAUGGUCCGGAGACACUUCGGGUCGGCAAUGGUACAGGACAUUACAACCAGGAACACCCUGUUUAA